AUGUUGCACUUUUUAAAAAAAUUUUUGUAUGCAUGCAUACUUGUCUACCUGCGCCAUCGCUGCUCUUUCCUUCUCUCUCUCUCUCUCUGCGGUUUUGUGUGUACAGGUAUUGUGAGGGAGGAGCGGGACAACGCGGUGAAUAUGCGCCCAGCGAUGGGUGGCAAUGAUGGUGGUGGUGGGCAUGUCACCGUUGCAUUAAACCUCUCGGCAGGCCGCUGUACCGCGGCGGAGAACAACCAGCAACGCAGCACAAUAUGCGUCGUCCACAGCGACCCGACAACUGGCGAUCCCGGCGGCUUGGCGAUGAGAAUGCCGUGUGUGUGGGCAAAGACGGGAGGCGAGGAGGAAGAGGCUGAAGGGGGAAACAAUAGUUUGGCUGUGCGUACACCGUUUCUCACGGCAGAAGGCGGCGAGGCAGGAGCGCUUCCUUACGCGGCGUACACAUGGGAGCUGGCGAGACAUGUGGCAACUGCACUUAUGCAGAAUGGCGGGGCAGAGCUGCUCACCGUCACUCAUGGGGCCUCAGGCAGCGGGAAGUCCAUCCAGCUUUUUGGUCCUACCGUCGGUGAUGGUGUCGCUGGGAUUGAAAAGGGGCGUUGCAUACACGGGAAUGGCAGUGGUCUGUUCGCUGCGGUCCUGCAAGAAAUAUUUGCCGCUGCGGAUUUUGACCCAUGUGUGGCCCUCAGCGUCGUCGAGUGCAGGCCCUCUUCUGACGGGGACGAUGACUCUCAUCCCUGCAAUGGGACGAUGGGACACAUGAACGGUGAUGAUGACGAUGAUGGUGAUGAUGAAAGGAUGAUGUCUAUUGAGGCCAUCGACCUGCUUGCACGAGCCACUGAUACUCGUUCUCCUACAGGCUGCUUCAUGGAGGAUUACGCAGACAUCCCCGCCACGCGCUACGUUCGAUGCGGCAGCGUCACAGAAACCCUGGCCGUGCUGCGGGCGGCACUCUCUCACUCGCUUGCCUGGCAGUCAGUGAGCACGGCCCUGAGUCAAGGGCACGCUGAUGUCUUUGGAAUGCCUGAUACAAGAUCAAAUGCGGAGCGACGACGUCGUGCGGCGGAGGCAAUAGCGGCAGAGGAGCGACAGCGAAAGGAGUUUUUCGGAGCUUCAUGCACCUUGAGUGGUGCUGAAUUUUUACGUCCAACGGCGGGUGCAAGUUCUCAUGUUCUUCUGACGCUUCUACUUCGUUACGGCGAUGGUGUGACGAGUAUAUGGCGUGUGUGGGACUUGUCGGGUCCCACCGUAUGGGUCGAUGACGGGAGUCCCGCUUUGCGAAUGGCCUUUAAGACACACGUAGCACUUUCACUUAUGGCGCACCGCUACAUGCACCGAGACCGGCUUCAGGGUGGAUGGUGGAAUGCCAUCCCUCCGCCGGAGCAGAUUGAGGAGAUCAUUCCACUUUUUUCAACAUCCCGGCCUGGAAGAAAGGGAGUGGACGGGGUUGUCGCCAUGAUUGAGGCAAGUAUACAGCACUCAUGCUCCGCUGUCGUUUGGAUUGCCUCGCUGCGAUUUGACGCCUGCUACGAUGACAUCAAUUGGGAAGUGCUGGAAGCCGCGGCGUCUCUUUUGGCGGGCUCCGACGAGACGAAUGGCAAAGUCAUCGCAGAGCUGCGGCGCAGGCGGCGGCAGGAGAAUUUAGAUGCCGCUGCUCGUGUGCUGGACAUGUUUGCGAUUCCCUUUUCGCCUCCAGCGUGGCGGCUGCAGGGUCCUGCUGGCAGAACACUUCUGAAUCUCUCGACAUCAUCCCCCAAUGCCUCUCCUCCAAUGACAAGAACGACGAUAGCAACGGCGGCGUCUCGAGAACUCCGCCUCAUCUCCCCGAAGAGGGAACCGGAAAAGGGAGUGAUACCGGCGCCGGAGAAAAACAUCAACUCCAUUGUUUCUUCUGCGGGUGCCGCUCUUAUAGAGACCUCUGCGACGGUUCACAAUUCCUCCGUCCUUCCCCUGUCUCUUCCUUUGGGCACAACCACCGUCGCUGCCGCUGAUGUGGGGAUUUCUCCUUGGGCAUCAUUUGUUGAUAAAGUGCCAUGUCUGGAGGCUCAGUGUCUCCACAGAGGCCAAAGACCACAAAACGAGCUAAGAGAGCGGCGACGGGAGUGCGAAGGCCAGGGAUGCUCAUCGCAGUCCGCACUACCGCUACCAUCACCGUCGUUAUUAUCACCGCCUAUGCCGUCGUAUGUGUCGUCAUUGGGUGACGAGGCGGGUGUUCGUACCAAGAGUUCAUGCGGUGUGUCGCCGUUGUCUCCGCCGUCCGUGGCGGGAACAGAGCACCCCGUGGAGCCCGUAACGACGGCGCAUGAAUUGAAAUGGAAGAUAUUCUCCUGGGACACUUCCGCCGAUGAGGAUGCGGCGGAGACAUCGUCUAUCGCGGGGCGUGCCUCGCAGGAAGACGGCGUCGAUAGCGAGGACGUGAGGCAGUGGGGGGUUGGGGCGGCUUCUUUGCCGAGCAACGGGCUGACGGAUCUUGCCAGCACCGUUCGGCUCCUGCUUGAGGAGCCGCUGGCGAAGCUGCGAGAAAUUUCCACGCAGUACGAAGAAGAAUUCAAGCUCCACCAUCGUCGUGUGAUUGCCCAGCUGCAUGAACUGCUUUCCUCGGACGCGGCUACACUGGAGGAGCUGCAGAGGCGCGUCAAGGCACUGGUGGAAGCGGAGGAAGAAGUAGCGGCGAGGGCGUUAAACGGCGGUCGUGACGCCGUUGAUCAGCAGCAACGUCAUCGUUAUUUUCGCCGCCGUAGGGAGACAACGUCCGUGGAAGCAUUUGGGCCCUCCGUUUCCCUGCAAACCACAUUAGAUCGUGAGGCGGCGGGAUGCACUUCCAGCAACGGCGGCAGUGACCGAAGCAACAACAAAAAUAACGGUGAGAGCGCAAGGUCCUGUGGAUGCGAAAAAGGGAGGCAUCGAAAGUGUACCGCGGCAGCCUCCACAAGAGAGUUAUUGGUGGCCGAGCGAAAGAUCCGCUUUCUGGAGCGGCAACUGCUGCGCCUGGAGGGCGAGAACAUAAGGCUGCGGGCGGAAUUGCCUUCCCGUCGCGUGGGAGGUGGUGCGGUGGCGAACGUGCGGAGUCUCGAGGGGGUUUUUAACGACAUUUUGCAGCGUUGCAAUGCACUCUACGCAAAGAAGGCAGCGGAGGUGAAUCGCAUACAGCGAAGAUACGACACGUUACUGGACGCCUUCAGACAUCUUCAGCGGCAGCAGCAGCAGCAGCAAGAGGAGAGGCCAACGACGAUGAUGCCAGUGGCGGCAAAUGCGGCACUGCAGGAUGCCGAGGUGAUGCGCAGCGAGGCGGCGAAGCCGCAUUUUGCAGUUGCCAAGAACCGCUGCCAUUCUCACCGCGUAGAUUGCAGUCCCCAGGUAUGGAAUAACACGUCCCCGCCGGUCGAUCUCGUUGCUCCCCCAUCUAUGGAACAUGUUGGGGAUGUCUCCGCGAUUGACCACCUGCGUCGUCUGCUGCUGCGGGCCACAAAGUUCGCGACACCUUCCACGGGAUCACCACCGCCGCAGGACACAUCUAAUGGCUUUGCGCUUUCCAUUGACCGCGGGUCGAACGCAUCCUGCCAGCUCCAUGAAAAGGAGGAGACGGGGGAUGACAUCUUCACUGGUCUGCAUGCUUUUCGCGAGGCUGCAGAGACUGCACGAAAUAGUGCGCUUAGGGCCCUUUUUGUUGCAAAGCGGGCUGUACAGAAACCACAGUCUCCUUUGCCAACAUCGCAGUUAUUGCCAUAUGCUCCUUCCUCUGUUGACUCCGUUGGUGGCGGUUAUACGCUUGUGACGGAUGUUCAUACGCUGCCAUUUGACGCGGGUGCGGCAUUGGAACGCGAAGAGGCUAAUGUCUAUCGGGCCGUUGGCUCACUUCAGCGUGAGGCAGCGGAACUGGAACACGCAGCCAUAGAGGCCAUUUCACGUGAGCGGCAGUUGCUAAGUAGAGUUCUUUUGACCUAG